AUGGUGCAAAACUUAAAAGUUAAAGUGAAGAAAAAUAAAAUAACAGAAAGGAAAAACAAGUCAAAGAAGGCCAAAAAAUGUAAGGACAAAAUAGAUGUCAAAAGUUUGAGAAAGAAAAGCAAAUUAGUUAAAAUUGACAAAAUUGAGGAAAUGGCCAAAAAAUUAUGCGCCUCUACAAGUAACAAUCUAAAGUUUUUGAACACAAAUGAGGUCAAGAAAAAAAGUAAACCCGUCUAA